AUGCCCAAUACGGACUCCAGUCCCGUACGGAAGCGUCCUGCUGCCAAAGCUGACCCGCCAACUGGCACUGGCAACCCAAACAAGAAACGAGCACGUUCCCCUGCGGCGAACGGAGAGCGGUCAAGAUCACGCUCGCAAUCACCGCCGAGGAAAAGACCAGCAGCCAGAGCUGUGCCUUCGGGCGACAAUGCAAAAAGGAAGCGUGUACACGAGAACAGACAAGAGCGUCGGUCACGUUCACGAACACCUCCGAGAAAGCGGCCUGGGGCAAACGCCGCAAUCAGUGCCGCUGCACGCGAGGAAGCAAGACAAAGGCGACAAGAACGAGAACGUGAGGAUGAGCAGAGGGCUGCCGCGGCAGCAGCAGCACGCGGCGUUCAUGAUGUUGUAAGGCAACACUACAAUGCAGUUCCGGAGCGAGGAAGAGAAUGGCGCAAGACAGACAGCAAAAUCAAAGGACUACGUAGCUUCAAUAACUGGGUCAAGAGCACCUUAAUUCAAAGGUUUUCGCCGAAUGAUGGCGGCGACAGACGCGAAGGAAUCCUUGUACUGGAUAUUGGCUGUGGAAAGGGUGGCGAUCUCAUGAAAUGGAGCUCAGCACCACAAAGAGUAGACCUAUACGUCGCCGCAGAUCCGGCCGAAGUGUCCAUACAGCAAGCAAGAGACCGAUAUCGAGAGAUGUCGAGAAAGCCACCCCGCGGCCGCAAGCUCUUUCAUGCCGAAUUUUCUGUGAAGGACUGCUUUGGCGAAUGGAUGGGUGACAUACCGAUCAUACAGGAAGUAGGCAUAGAUCCCAAUGUUGGCCCCGGCGGAGGAGCAAGCAAAUUUGCGACGAGCGGAUUCGAUGUGGUUUCGAUGAUGUUCUGUAUGCAUUACGCAUUUGAAAACGAGGAAAAGGCACGCAUGAUGUUGAAGAACGUAUCAGGCGCUCUCAAGAAAGGUGGCAGGUUCUUAGGAGUCAUCCCCAAUUCAGAUGUUCUAUCUCAAAAAGUGGAAGAACAUCACAAGAAGAACUCGACUUCGGGAAAAGACGAACCACAGGAUAACGAUUCGGACGAUAACUGGGAUCCAGAAAAGACUCUCGACGAACCAGCACCUGCAAAGGCUCAAGAAGAUGGUGAGGUCGAAGAUUCAGGUUUCGAAUGGGGCAAUAGUAUCUACCGCGUAAAGUUCCCUGGCAAAACACCAAAAGAUGGAGUUUUCAGGCCGCCUUUUGGGUGGAAAUACUUCUAUUUUCUAGAGGAGGCGGUGGAGGAAGUCCCCGAAUAUGUGGUACCAUGGGAAGCGUUCCGAGCUCUGGCAGAGGACUACAAUCUAGAGCUGCAGUACCGCAAGCCAUUCCCGGAGGUUUGGGAAGAGAGCAGACACACCCCCGAGUUCAGCGAACUGGCGGAACGCAUGCGUGUUCAAGAGCGUGGUUCUGGGAGACUCCUUGUCAGUGAAGAGGAGAUGAAUGCUUCCGCUUUCUACCAUGCCUUUUGCUUCUACAAAGUGUGA